UGUCUUAUAAAUUAAACCCUGGAGAAGGGGGUUGCGUCUCCGGGAGGACUCUGGAGAAGGCAUGGAGAGGCUGCAUCGGAUCUUCUCGGGGGCGGGAGGGAUGGGGCACCCGCCGGCCGACUCCCCGCUGCUCGACACGUCCGAGCAGGUCUACAUCUCCUCACUCGCCCUGCUCAAGAUGCUCAAGCACGGGCGGGCUGGGGUACCGAUGGAGGUGAUGGGGCUGAUGCUGGGGGAGUUCGUGGACGAGUACACGGUCCGGGUGGUGGACGUGUUCGCGAUGCCGCAGAGCGGGACCGGCGUCAGUGUCGAGGCCGUCGACCACGUCUUCCAGACCAACAUGCUUGAUAUGCUCAAGCAGACCGGAAGGCCUGAAAUGGUAGUAGGCUGGUAUCAUUCUCAUCCAGGCUUUGGUUGUUGGCUUUCUGGGGUUGAUAUAAAUACACAGCAGAGUUUCGAAGCCUUGAAUCCAAGGGCAGUUGCAGUUGUGGUAGAUCCAAUCCAGAGUGUUAAAGGGAAAGUUGUCAUCGAUGCUUUCCGCCUGAUCAAUCCUCAAACCAUGAUGCUAGGCCAGGAACCUCGCCAGACUACUUCCAAUGUUGGUCAUCUCAACAAGCCAUCUAUUCAGGCACUAAUUCAUGGGUUGAAUCGACAUUACUACUCUAUAGCCAUAAAUUAUCGGAAAAAUGAGCUUGAAGAAAAGAUGUUACUGAACCUGCACAAAAAGAAGUGGACAGAUGGAUUGACUUUGCAGCGGUUUGAUACCCAUUCCAAAACUAAUGAGCAGACUGUGCAGGAAAUGCUGAAUUUAGCCAUCAAGUACAACAGAGCAGUUCAGGAGGAAGACGAGUUGCCACCAGAGAAGCUUGCAAUUGCAAAUGUAGGAAGGCAAGAUGCAAAGAAGCAUUUGGAAGAGCAUGUUUCAAACUUGAUGUCAUCAAACAUAGUUCAGACUCUGGGAACCAUGCUAGACACUGUUGUGUUCUAAUAGGUCUACACUGCUGCAGAAGGCGUGAUUGUCUUCGCUGAACCGAGUCCCAUCUCUAAUUCCCUCAAAAUGAAUCUCGUGUAGAUUGGUUUUUGAGUUAUGAUGAUAUUGUUGUUAUGCCACAAGCAAAUUUCAGUAGUAACGAGGACCAUGGUUGGAAGUAGACCCUUAAUAUUUGAAGUUGUCCGUUCAUCUACCGUCAUCCCUGGUUUCGUGACAAUUGUGUUACGUUUGCCCUGCGCCUGUCAAGUUCUCUUAGCCUUGCUCUGAAUAUGGAGCUCCAGUGUAAUUUAUGUCAGCCAUAGUUAUUCAUCGAGUGAAGGCAAGUGGCUUGGCUGCA